AUGGCUGUCAUGUGGGACGACUUUGCAAAGGACUUCCCAUCGGAGGCAGUUACACAGGAGGCGACAACCAUCAUCUACCGCUGGGGCCGCUACAAGGCCAUCCACCUGCUAGGUUUUGCGCUGUACACGCUGGGGCUCGGCCUGUUCUCGCGCCUCGACGAGCACUCGCCCACGGGCGAGUGGGUCGGCUACAUGUUCACGGCGCCUCUGGGGGCGGGCCUGCUGCUCAACACCCAGCUGCCCGCCUUUCAGGCGCCAGUCCCGGAGUCUGACCAGGCCGCCGCCACGGGCAGCUGGAACUUUGUCCGCACCAUCGGCAGCGUCUGGGGCGUAGCCAUCCCAGCCGCCAUCUCGAGCCCCGUGGCGGCCGGCUUGCUCCGUGGCGGUGGCGCAUAUCAAUUCGCCUCGGCCGACUUUGUUCGCCGGUUCCCGCCCGCCGUCCAGGAUGAGAUCCGUGCUGUCUACCGUCGCGCCAUCCAGCGCGUGCUGUAUGCUGCCAUCUCGUUCACAGGGUUCGGGUGGCUGAUAUGCUGGUUCGAAAGGGACAUUCCCCUCCGGACAGAGCUUGUGACGGACUAUGGUCUCAGAGAAGAUGAGGGAUCCUGGGGGAAGAAAAGAGAUGUUGAGACACGAAGAGAGGCUGUGAUGGGAGUCAUCGUGAUUGUCAAAUGGCAAUGA